GCACACACAAAACAUACACGAUGAAAGUACAGAGCGGACUUUGCAUCUGCGCGUUGGCCAUUGUGACCUUAUCGAUCGUAGCGGAAGCGACCUAUGACCUCCAGAGAUUACUAGGCCUUGAGGCGGAAGACCAGUAUUUUAAACGAGAUGGCACCGACCUGGACCAAGAAUUCGAAGGAGAGUGGGAGGAUCUCCCAUUCAAAAGAGGGGUCGGCACCCAAAAGUUCAUUGCGUGUUUCCACCCUGGCCUACGGACAAAAUGUUUUUGCGAUAGAACGAAACCAAAAUACAGCAAGCACUAUUUCUAUUACUGUAGAGUCGCCAAUGACGUAGAGGAUCAUUUUUUAAAAUGGACAUACUAUCGACGAAAACGGUGAUGAGGAAUGUACCAGACGCCAUGGCAUGCUUCGUCCUGUCUGAGUAAAGUCCUUCAUUUCCUCGUCUUUGAUUUUCGAUCAUCGUUUUUGCAGCUUCUUGCUUUGCUACUUAAGAUAUUCCAUGGAUUGUGUAAGGCGGAUAUUUCACCAAACAAAGGGUGUGAUUAAUUCCGUGAAUCAUUAACAUUUCUAUUUCUGAAUGGGUCUAUGAUUAUUUGGGAAAGUCUUUUUGGUACUUUGCCAUCAUAAAUUACUUAGCAAUCAUAUUCUUCACGCAUUAAACGCUAACAUAGUCAUGCUAUGCACAUAAAGAAGUAUUGUUAUAAUAAUAAUAAUAAUAAUAUAGGGUAUUUAUAUUGCGCACAUAUCCACCUUAUUAGGUGCUCAAGGCGCUCCUAUAUUACCCGGCUAAGCUAGGCGUUCAUAGCGCACACAGCUUUUUAAGGAAUUACUUCCCACCGGUACCCAUUUUCCUCACCUGGGUUGAGUGCAGCACAUUGUGGAUCAGUUUCUUGCUGAAGGAAAUUACGCCAUGGCUGGGAUUCGAACCCAUGACCCUCUGUUUCAAAGUCCGAAGACUAAUCCGCUGGGCCACAACGCUCCUAUAAUACUUAUACUAUUGUGUUUGACGACAUGAUGAUUAUCGUGUCAAAUCAUGACGACUUCUAAGCUUUGUGAGUCGACAUGGUUGUGCAAUUAUAUUUUAGCUCACCGGGUUGGCACCCAAAGCUCGCUCACAUGUUGGCAUGGUGACCUGAAUAUAGGCCUAUACGUUGCAAAAGCUGCGGUGUUAAUUUAACACCAGUCCGGAAUCUAGAAAUGACCACACCAGAGAAGUGUUGAAGCAACACCGGUUUGAAAUUAAAUCGAUGCUUUUUUAACACUAAUUGGUGUUGCAUAAACGCGUAUCUGGAAUUAGUCCAAAACCAAAUUGGUGUUGUUUUAACACUUCUCUGGUGUGGUCAUACAUAGAUUCCGGAAUAGUGUUAAAUUAACACCGCAGUUUUUGCAGUGCACAACCUGAUACACCAUCAUCACUAUUUGCCCUCAGUGUUCAACUUUGGAAGAUACAUUUAUAUGGCCAUGUCGGUUUUCUAAGUAAAUAAUCAUAAGUCGAUAUGGCAGAUUAGAUACCUCGAAAUCUCUUAAAGCAUAAUUGCAUUUUAAAAUUUCCAUAUUAUUGUAUUAAAAAAAACGUUAUGAAUAUUAUUCUAUCAUAUUUUCCGAGCGCAGUCAUUAGACGGCAAUCAACCCGCUAACAAAUAUGAUCAAUAUUCAUAAAUUAAUUUCAGAACAAAUUAUGAGACCGGAUAUCGAUGUGUCGGCCAUGACUGAUAGAUGGCAGUGUUACUAGGCCUGUAAUCAGAACGAUGAAUUAGACAUUCCAUUUAAUAUAUAAAUUACUACAUAGACGGAGUAUUAUGUCAUGUACUAUACCAAGUACGUAUCUCUUUGCAUUUAAUGUGAACGCAUUGCGAUGCAAAGAUAAAAUCUUAUGAGAAAAGAAGUUACCAUAUGACAUGCGAGCUUUUUUUUUUGGUCAUUACAUGCAUAAAGAUGUGUAAACAGCAAAAAGAUUGAUGAAGUCCUAACUUGUGUUUUCACACAAAUUCUCAACCGAUUAGUUAGUAAAAGGUUUAUGUUAAGUUAUAUAUCCCACCUAUGCAAAGGAGGAUCUAGUCACGUAAUCGAACCGGGUUAAUAACGAUGUAUUUGUUAGACAAAAUCUGACAAUGCGCGUAUAUUCAUGAUACUACUUUUUUAUUUUGUUUAUUUUGAGAAAAAGGGAGAACAGUUCAUUUCAUAAACAAUUAAACAAUUUAUGGAGUGUUUUAUAAUGUGUCCACUCAAUAUACGCGCAUUUUUCGAUGGGAGAUGACCCCAAAGUCAUGUCAGUUGAAGUAUUUAAUCUUUCACAGUACGGGAGAUUAGAGCAAAAAAGAGAAUGUCUAGUGACUGAUUGGUCUACAUGUAGGCUCUAAAGGCCUUUCGGUGUCAUUCCAAAGGUUCUCCGCCAGAUUCACAUCUGAGCCAUGUAGCUGCUUGGUCCAUCAGGGGUAUGAUUUAUCGCCAUUCCUCUUCAGAUACAUCAACUGUUUCAACAAUAGUUGUAUGGAUGAAUAAGUAACCAUCCCCGAAAUGCAUGUUUCACACUACUUACAUCCCUCAUAAUAAGGUUCCGUUCAUGGUUCGGUAAUUAAGACAACACUCAACUCGAGACACAAGAAAACAAACUUUUGCCCUUUGAAGAAUGAAUUUUAUGAUGUUGGUAUAGCAUCGAAAGAAAUCUGAGUAUCAUAUAUAUAUUACCCAUGCAAAGUGAAUAGGAAUCUCUGUCAACUGUUUCAUUUGAUCAAUCAAGGUAGUGAGUAAUAUUAUUCAUGCAUAUCAGUUAAAACUGCGAUCAGAAAAGUAGGUCCCCUUCAUGACAACUGUUCUGUAUCUUGUUACGACAAGGAAAGGUUUAUUGAAUUUUCUUACGAAUAAUCAUGUUAAGACUUGAAAUGCAAAAGAAUAUCUAUGGGACAAUCUUCUAUGUCAUUAUCAUUAGAUAUCAAGAGUGACAAACUGUUCUUAUUCAUUGUUGUGUAAUUAGAAAGAAAAUAAAAAAAAUGUAAUAUUGAGUAAAAAAAAUGAAGGUGGUUUUCCGGGUGAGAACAGUUACUCAGCAGGUAUCUGGUGUCUCGCUACAUAGGCCCUUUGAUAUUAAAAUAGAAAAUAUAGUGUGAAUAAAUUAAAUGAAUUAAGAUGGCUAUUCAGUCUUAUACAUAUAUUAUGAGACAAUCAAUGACAAUUCUAUUCCUGAUCGUUAUCUAUGUGAUUUUGAUAUAAAGAGAUAAGUUGAUAAAUUGUUAUUUUGGGUGUAUGCAAUAAGACUAUACUCUUUUUCUGCUGAUUCAUAUUGUCAAAUUUGAAUGGUGAGACAUCAGCUGAAAUAACUCUAUUCCUGGUCAAACAAUCACUGGGUAUGAUUAGUCAACUGACAUCAUUUGUAUAUAUAUAUAUAUAUAUAUAUAUAUAUACUAAAUCUAUUCGGGUAAUGACCUAAACAUAAAAAGUGAAAAUAAAAAUAAUCUAAACUGAUCCUCUGUAAAAAGGAAGAUAUCAAAACAACCAUUUAUGUCUGUUUUAGCAGGUUUAUGAGUUAAUUACAUUUUCUAUUUAUAAUUCAUGGAUAUCUAUUGUAACUGAAAAGCUGAUCGUAUUAAAUUUUCUUUAAUACAUAUUUUUUGUAUAUACAUGCUUACCGUUCUUGUAAUUAUGUGUUGACGCCCGUUACUGGGUGUUGUGUGUUUGUUAUCUGUGUUUAUUUUGUUGUUGUUUUUUCUGCUUGUUUAAAUUUGAGAAAAGUUGUCAACUCGUACAAGUCAUAUAAUAGUUCACGAAAAAAAUAAACUUCAUGUAGACAUUUAAGUUUUAAAGAAGUUUUUAACAAAAAACUUAAGUAUCAACGGUGCACUUAAUCUGCAAGAACUCCAUCUGUAUUCAAAUGAUUGUAAUGGAGACUGAAUAUCAAGUAUUUUACGUGUCAUGUGUUUUAGAAUAAAAAGUAAUAAAAUUAUCACUUCUCUGGUGAUGCCGUUUACUAAAAUG